CAGCAAUGAUAGAUAGUCUCCUUGGAUGAAGAGCACUCUGCGCGAAGGGUGCGAAAGGCCUGUUCUCCGUCCGUUCAAUUUAUCUUCCAACAAGUCGUAUAAAUCCGCCAAGAGGCUCUUCGUCAUGGCGCAUCCCGAGUGGCGGGCCUCGAAACCUGUUGAUCUCCUUCGCAAACGUGAAUACGCUCGACUUAAUGAUGCAGGUACCUACCUUGAUUAUACUGGUGCCAGUCUAUACCCAAAGUCACUCGUGGAGAAUCACGCACGUCUUAUGAAGCGAGCUGUUUUCGGAAACCCUCACAGCGCAUCUCCAAGUUCCGAGAUGUCCUCCCGUCUCGCAAGCGAAGCGCGGUUGGCUGUCCUUUCUUUCUUCGACGCCGACCCCAAUGAGUACACAGUUAUAUUCACUUCUAACGCAUCCAAUGCUCUCCGAAUCGUUGGGGAAUCAUACCCAUACUUCCCCGACCACUCACAUCUCAUACUUCCUCUGGACGCUCAUAACUCCGUUAAUGGUUUGCGCGAAUAUGCGUUCGCCGGAGGAGCACAUGUUUCCUAUACACCGUUGUUCGGUGACAUUGCGCAGACCUUGGCGGCCCUCCCUCGUCUAACAUCACCAAAUCCUGGGCUUUUUGCAUUGACUGGCCAGUCAAAUGUCUCUGGAUAUAAAUACGACCUAGAGAUCCUCAAUCUUGUCAAAAAGCUGUAUGGCUUCGACACGUUGCUUGAUGCUGCAGCCCUAGCGCCCACUACCCGUAUUUCGCUGCGCAGUCUUGGUAAUUCAGUGGAUGCAAUGGCUAUUAGCCUAUACAAGAUGAUCGGCUAUCCGACCGGCGUGGGAGCACUUGUGGCGCGCAGCACGUUCCUGACCAAGCUAAAGAAGCGAUGGUUCAGUGGCGGAUCUGUCCGAAUCGUCCAAGUGCCCGGAAUCGGUCGGCUCCUUCAUGAUCAUCACGAAAGAUGGGAGGAUGGAACUAUCAAUUUCUUAUCACUAUCCGCAGUAAAACCUGCUCUUGACCUCCUCAAUAGCUACUCGGUGUAUCUUCCUUCUCGCUUAGCCCUUUUGAUGCACUUUACGUUAUCCUACCUCGACUCCUUGCGUCACACCAAUGGAAAGCCCAUCGUUCGCAUCCACUCUCCGACCCCUGCCAUUAAGGCUAAAUCUAUAUCCGGCUCUCCCAACUCGUAUUCUCCGCAAACUCACGGAGCCAUGGUUUCGUUUUCUCUGCUGAACUCAACUGGCGAUCGCGUUCCCCCUCAUCGGGUUGAGCGUGAAGCAGGAAAGGCUGGGAUACACAUCAGAUCUGGCUGUAUGUGCAAUCCAGGAGCAUCGGCCGAGUUACUUGGGGUUACAAAUGAAGUUGCCAACUUCAAACUCGAAGAAUCACAAUCGACUCUUAACAACGAACGGGAUUCACCUCACACCACGAUCCGAGCAUAUUCUGACCCAAUAAAUGAAAAUCUUGAGCGCUUUAUCGAGGAAGAGGGGAUCUUGCGGAUUAGUUUUGGACUUGCAAGCACACUCAAGGACGCAUGGAUGUUCAUACAAUUCGUAAAGAAGUACACAAAGGAACGGGAAUCGGGUGCGUACCAUGAGGACGCUACGGUCCUGGCAAGUGGCUCGACUGCUUGUUGCGACCUCACGCAGGAUAAAUACUGGAACCGAGGGGAUCCCUGUUGUAAUGCGAGUCACAUGUAUGGGAGGAGCUGGAAUGUUUCGGAAUAUCCUACGGGUGAGUUAGCGCCUGUGUAAGCGCUUGCGCAUGGAAAAUCCUUCAAUAUCGUUGCGAAGUAUAAAUAUGGGCGCCGUAUGUAUAUCAGUUACAGUUUUCAGUUCCAUGAGUGAACCGGCAAAUACACUCUGUUUUGGGCC